AUGAGAUUUGCAGGAAUCCUAUCCUUCAUAUUUUCGUGUAUAUCAUUCAGUUCUGGUGGAUUCGUAUUGGCUGCAAAGCCUUCAAACUCCACGCAGAUUCUGAACAUUUCCAAUGCCGAUCCCAGCAUCACUUUGGACCAGGGACAUGAAGAUGGAAUAGAGUAUAAAACGUUUAUUCAGACGCCUAACACCUCGUUUACCAAAGUUGUAGAUGGAGGAAGUCUCAUCUGGGAGGAAGGAGAGAAUAAAAAGUGCACGCAAGUGACAAUUUACAAGUUCCAAGGGGAGAAUGAGUCCACUCUCAUUCAUCUCCAACUCAGAGUGAAGCUUAGGAAUGAGAACUUGCACUUUGGGAAAGUUGGUGGACAGUGGAGGAGUAUUACUGAGAACGAAUUUGAUGAUAAGCUAGGAAUAACCAAAAGGAAGAAUGGAAAUGGACAAGUUUUAACGGACGUAGAUGGUCAGAAGAUGCAAAAUCGGUCGAAUCCAUCCGCGGAUCAUCCUCAACACUUGAGGGCUGUGCCCGGGAUGUCUCAUGGCAACGGCCACCCAAAUACCCAGGGAGGAUCUGACAUGACCAGAGAACCCAAACCAAAGGCACACAAUGGUAGCCAUGCUAAACUACCUCUAGUAGAAGGUCCACAUGGAACUGUGGAUCUGCAAAACAAAAAGGUUCAUGGCCCAAGACCCACUAGUACAGUGUCAACCCAAAGUAACUCUCCCUACCAAGAUUUGUUAAAGCUAGUUGGGGAUAUAAAGAACACUCAAGCUGAGAAUGAGGUAGCACCAGUGGAAGAGCCUAAGGUUAAACAGAGAAGAAGAGUUUUAUUAGACAUUUCAGAUAAUGACCCGUCCAGGGUAUUGCAUAUUUGCAACACAUCUGGCGUUGUGAGGACAGUAAUCUUCAUUCAAGAUGAAGAUACGGCGUUGUCUCAAUUAAUGGAUGCCGGAAAUGUCAUUUGGAGGGAAUCGGGGUCUGUCUGCACAGAAGCAUAUUUGUAUUCCAAGCCAGGAUACAAUUCCCUUUUACAAAUGUACGUAAAAACUGGUGAAGCAAACUCCUACCUCGUUUUUGAAAAGGUCCAGGGACUCUGGAAGAGCAUGGAUGAGAAUGGAUUUAAUACUCGGUUUGCCUCCAUGAAGGGGCACAACACAUUUGAUAAUCCACCUCCGGCUUUACAGCCAGACCAUCAGGAACGUAAAGACAAAGUUUUGCCAAGCACUGAAGCAUCUCCUGCAUGUGUACCUCUUUCGGGUCUUAUCAAACCUAUUACUUCGGACAUUGAACCAAACACUCCCACGAAUAUAGUGAAAGGAUUGGACCCCGAGCCGGUUCUAAAAACCACAAGGAGACCUUCUACACCACCUGUUCCUUUGGAAUCCACUAAACUCUUGUCGGAAUCCGGAGAAAUGAUGGCAGUUAAGCCUCCAAAGAUGAGGGAAAUGAAAAGGGUGGACCACAAGAAUGAUGCUCUAGACUUGAAAAAUGGUGAAUGCACUGCAGCCCAUGUUUACGAUACACUGGAAGACGGAGUUCUUCACAAGUCCUACUUCCCCAAGGACGAAUUCUUUGACAAGAUUGUGGACGGAGAUGUUUGCAUUUGGAAGUCCGAAAAUGGAGAGAAAGCUACAAUGGCUUACACCUACUCCAGAGAGGGAUUUCCUUCGAUUCUUUCAAUCAACAUUAGAGGUAACAUGAUAUGCUAUGUUGAGGAUGGUGACAAGUGGGUGAAGAUCCCCCAGGGUUUUUUUAAUGCCAGACAUCAACAGAUGAAGAAACCAAAGACUAGGGAACAUGUCGUAGAAACUCCCAAAGAAGCUCAAGCUCAAGAGAUUUCCCAGGUAAUCGAGUCUUCCUCUCCGGUAACGGUGGACAUUAUUCGUGGAAAUAAUCCAAAGAUAAACUUUGGUGAACACACUGAUGAUGGUAUAACCCACAAAUCAUUCUUCCCAAAGGGCGAGGAUUAUAUCACCAAGGUGAAGGACGGCGAUGUGGAAGUUUGGAGAGCUGAAGGUACUAACGAAAAAUGCUCCAUGGUCUAUUUCACUUCAAAGAAUAAUAUUUCACGACUUGCUCUGAGCAUAGAUGGCGUUUGUGGACAAAAUAUCAGGUACUUUGUCAAGGGUAUGGCUACGUGGAAGGAUGCCGACCAGAAUGACUACGAUGCCAAGUUGAAGGCAAUGAUGGGUCAUUGCACAGAAUCCUCAUCACAGCAUUAUAUUGAUCCAACAAUUGUCUUGGAUAUUCGUAGUGAUAGUUACAAUUUCGUGCAUGUGGCUCUGGAAAGAUAUGAGGAGAUUACAUGCAAGACUUUCUUUCCAAAGGGUGACAUGACCUUUAACAAAGUUGUGGAUGGAGAUGUGCCCAUAUGGACCGCCUAUAAGGACACCAUUUGUUAUAGAGCCCUCUUAUGUUACAGAGGCAUGUCAAGGUUACUCAAACUUCAUGUUCAAUAUUGCGGUAAAACCAUUUACAAGUACUUUGAGAACAAAUAUGGAAUGUGGACUUCAAUUAGUGAGGAAUGGUUUAACGAGAAACUUGAGAGAGUUAAAAACGGCAAUGCUACAGAUGUCAUUGUCGAUAUUGACAACGUUGACAAUGACCUAGUGGAGUUUUCUAGGAACGUGCAAGAUGGUCUCAUCUAUUCCAUCUAUGAACCAAAGGAAGAUGUUGCUAUUACAUCCAUCGUAGAUGGAUAUGCGACCAUUUGGGAUGUUUCAGAAAAUGAAAAAUGGAAGUCUUGUUACAGCUAUGCCAAAGAAGACGCAAAAAUCCUAACAAUUGUCGUUUCCAGGAAUUGCUUAACGGAAUCAAAGCGUUUUGAAAAGGUGUCUUCAGGGUGGAGAAGCAUAUCAGAAGAUGAAUUCUCCAAUAAACACUCCAUAAUGAGAAGUGGGAAAUCAGCGAGGGAUGCGAAUAAGUUUAUACAGAAACUUGAACCGAUACGGGCUCAGGAUCAUGAGAAUACUGACCAUACUGGACCCUUGCCUACGACUCUCCAUCUUGAUCGGGAACAAAAUAAGGAGAAAGUCAUUACCUACGAGUACUUAUACAAUGAAGUUACCUAUAGGUCGCACAGCAUGAAGGCUACCGAGUACGUUACUAGAGUCGCUGAUUCCGAAAUAACCGUCUGGAGAGCCUCUGGAGACGAAAGAUGCAUUGACAUUAGGAUCUUUUCUUUGGAAGGUCAUGGCAUCCUAUACCUUUUGGAGAUCAAAGGUCACGGCUUGGUCUAUCCCAGAUGCUUUGAAAAGGUCGAUGGAGGAAUAUCUCCCCUGGAAUACACUGUAUAUUUUAACAGGUUGGAGCACUUUUUGCACUUGAAACCUGGAGGCAUCAUGCUUGACCUCAUGUCCUUGUCCCGUGUUACAUGCAACUUUGUAACAUUCAAUGAUGGAGGACUGUUGAAUACUAUGGUCCGUCCAUCAUUCUACCUGGUCAGUUGUUUGCAAUACGGAUCUGAACUCUGGAAAGCUAAACUUGGAGAGCGAUUUGUUGGAGCACAUUUCUACACGGACGAUAAAAGCAACAUUUGUUCAGUUACCACAAAAACUGGAGAUAAGGAAAGUAUCACCUAUUUCAAGUUUAAUGGGUCCAAAUGGGAAACUAUGUCAUCCUCAACCUUUUCCAGCACUCUCAGAACAAUCUCUGAUGAUUCCAUCAAGAACAUCAACUGCAAGUAUAAAUACACAAACGUUAAAUUGGACUUUAAAAAUAUUGAUGGCACAGCUCUGCAUCUCUACAAGUACAGAAUGUUUGGAAUCGACAUGACCAGGUACAUACCUAUUCAGAAUAGACGCAUUGAAAGUGUAUCUGAUGGGAAUAUACUCUUUUGGAAAGCUGAAAAUGAUAAUGAAAGAUGUCUUUUCUGUUUAUUCUUCUCACAGGGGAAUCGUAUGUUGGUCUAUUUGGAUAUAAAGAAGGAGCAGACUUUGGAAACUCUCUACUAUGAGAAAAAACCCGACGGAAUAUGGUAUAGCAUUAAAAAGGACCUUUUUGAUAAAAGUUACAGUGAACUUAAAAGCAAGUGGACUCAAAAGUCCUAA